AUGUCGCACUGCAAGUUCGAGCAUCCACGUCACGGUCACUUGGGCUUCUUGCCCCGCAAGCGCGCUGCGCGCCACCGCGGAAAGGUCAAGAGCUUCCCCAAGGAUGACCCCAAGAAGCCUGUGCACCUCACUGCUAUGCUCGGCUACAAGGCUGGCAUGACCCACGUCGUUCGCGACUUGGACCGACCUGGAUCCAAGAUGCACAAGCGUGAGGUUGUGGAGGCGGUCACCCUCGUCGAGACUCCUCCCAUGGUUGUUGUCGGUGUCGUUGGCUACGUCGAGACUCCUCGUGGUCUGCGCAGCUUGACGACUGUCUGGGCAGAGCACCUCUCGGACGAGCUCAAGCGUCGAUUCUACAAGAACUGGUACCGCAGCAAGAAGAAGGCUUUCACCAAGUACGCUCAGAAGCACUCUCAAGGCAACGGCGCUCCCAUUGCUCGCGAGCUCGAGCGCAUCCGCAAGUACUGCACUGUCGUCCGCGUGCUCGCCCACACCCAAAUCCGCAAGACGAGCAUCAAGCAGAAGAAGGCGCACCUGAUGGAAAUCCAAGUUAACGGUGGCUCUGUCGGCGACAAGGUCGACUUUGCGAAGGGCAUGUUUGAGAAGACAUUUGACGUCAAGAGCGUCUUUGAGCCCAACGAGAACAUCGAUGUCGUUGCUGUCACCAAGGGUCACGGUUACGAGGGUGUUACGAGUCGUUGGGGAACCAAGCGUCUGCCGCGCAAGACCCACAGAGGUCUCCGCAAGGUCGCUUGUAUCGGUGCCUGGCACCCUAGCUCCGUCUUCUACACUGUCGCUCGUUCCGGUCAGGAUGGUUACCACCACCGUACUGAGCUCAACAAGAAGGUGUACAGCAUCAUCAAUGGCGCUGACCCCAAGUCUGGUAGCACCGACUUCGACCGCACAGAGAAGUCCAUCAACCCUCUCGGCGGCUGGGGACACUACGGCAUCAUCAAGAACGAUGCUCUUAUCCUCAAGGGUACCACUCCCGGUGUCGUCAAGCGUGUCGUCGCUCUCCGAAAGUCUCUCCAGGUGCACACUUCUCGUCGUGACCUCGAGAACAUUUCCCUCAAGUGGAUCUCCACCAGCUCCACCCACGGUCACGGUAUUUUCCAGACCCGAGAGGAGCGCCGUGCCUUCGAGGGCGCCCGCAAAAUCAAGGUCUUGCCCAACGCCUGA